AUGGAAUUAUAAAAUUAUACAAAUUAUACUCCCCACACUUGGCUUUAAGAUGUACCAGUUAAACUGACUAUCUCUAAUUUAUGGGAUGGAAACAAUGUACUGGAUUCACUUGUAAAAUUGAUCAUUUAUUUUAAUAGAUAGAUGAUCCUAAUAAAGACGAAUAACUUAUUAUCGUUGCUUCACUCUAUAUAAAUGGUCAAUUAUAGUACCCUACCAAGACAUUUAAGGCAUUUAGCAGACAUUCCUUACAAAAAUAAGAAACCAUUUUUUUUAAUUCUAAUAUUAAGGAUUUAUCAUACAAUUCCUUAAUAGCUUUGAGUAUAUAUAGUACUCAAUAAAAAUAUGAGGAGGCAAAACCUUUAGGAUCAACUACUUUUCCUUUGUUUGAUGAAAAUCUAAAAUUAAGAGAAGGUAAAAUCAAUUUGCUUAUUUGGCCAAAUACUUAACCAGACACAAGUUUUAAUUCAAAAACUCCAGGUCUUGUUAAGGAUAGAAAUAUUUAGGAUUUAAAUUUUUGUACUAGAAAAAUAGAUGAAGUAUCAAAAGGAGAGUAGAAUGACACCAAUAAAAAUUUAUCAAAAUAAAACCUUUAAAUUAGAUUAUAUUAUUUGAGCAAAAUAAUACCUACAGCAUUUUUGGAAGUUUAAUUAGAUCAAUAUUUUUAAUAACCUAUUCUUUUUGAAGAUUAUGAAUAUCCUCAGAAUGACACAGAAUAAUAAAUAAUUGGUGGUGGAUAUUAUAAAUAACCUGAAGAUUAAAUAGCAAAUUAAGCAAAAGCUCCUACCUAAAGAAUAUUUAUUGAUUAAAAUUAAUUGAGUGAUACUUUUAGAACAAGUGAUUUUGAUUAAGAAUUUGGUAAACCUGAUCCUAUUCAUGAUAUGAUGAAUUUAAUUUUAAGAUAUAGUGAUCAUCCAGAAACUUUAAAACCAUAAAAGGAUGAAGAAGAAAAAAUGAGGAAAAUGAUGGCUAGACCUUUAAUUGGAGAACUCAAAAGUGAUGAUAAAUAACUAUUUGUUAAAUAUAGAUAUUGGGCAAUGUAAUAUGGUAGUGCAUUACCAUUUUAUCUUCAUUCUGUUGCUUGGCAAAAUUAAAAGGAAGAAUAGGAUGCAUUAACUAUAAUGAAAAAGUGGUCUCCUAUUGAUAGAGAAGAUUGUCUCUUUUUAUUAUCAUCUUUUUUUUGUGCUAAUGAAUUUAAAAAAUCUAAAAAAAAUAAAAUUAGUAUGUUAGAAAUUAGAAAAUAUGCUGUUGAACAAUUAAGUAAAUUAAGUGAUGAAAAGAUUGAAAAUGUGUUAUUGUAAUUAGUAUAGGCAUUAAAAUAUGAACCUUUUGAUUAGAAAUCAGAUCUUGUUAAUCUAUUAUUUGAUAGAGCCAUCAAAUCUAAAUCAUUAGCAACUUAUUUGUAUUGGUAUCUUCAUGUUGAAAAGGAUGGAUGGCAUGCUGAUUCCAAAAAUACUAUUUUAGGAUUUUAUUAUACUACAUUCUAAGGUAUUUUAAUAUAUUUACAAAUAUAUUAGAGUUUGAAAGAAUGUUAUAAUCCAAAAAUGAAAAAUUAUUUAAGGAUAUUUAAGGACAAUCCAAAUUUAGAUAAAAACUCUAAAGUUUAGCUACUGAAAUUAGAUCUUUAAAAAAUGAUAGACAAUUUAGAAUCAACUACAUUAAAAAUUAAUUAUCUUAAUCUGCUUAUUAAAAUUCAUCAGAAUUACCAUAACAUCCAUGUUGUCUUUAUCCUGAGUAUGAAUUGAUUAGAGCUGUUCCAGAAAGAACUACAAUAUUUUCAUCAGCUAUGGCUCCAAUUAGAUUAGGAUUUUAAGUAAUUAAAGGAGAUGAAGAAUCUGAAAUUAAAUUAAUAUUUAAAAAUGGAGAUGAUUUAAGAUAAGAUUAAUUGGUUAUGUAAAUUUUUAAUUUAAUGGAUGAAUUACUUAAAGGAGUUAGUUAAGAUAUGAAAUUAUUACCUUACAGAAUACUUGCUUGUUCUAAAAGUGAUGGAUUCUUAGAAUUUGUACCUGAUAAUGUAACACUUCAAGAAAUCAUUAUUAAAAAAAAUUAAGGAAUGUAACCUUAUUUAAGAUAAAUUUCAGAAGAUAAAAUGAAUCCUUAUUAUUGGAAAACAUUAUCUUUAAAAAAUAAUGUAAUAAUUAUUAUAUUUUAGGAUUAAAAAGAUCCAGAAAAUCUUAAAAUUAUCCAAGAUCAUAUUGAUUAAGUUGUUAAAAGAGCACAAUAUGGUAUUAAUCCUACUUUUAUGACUAAUUAUAUAUAUUCUAGUGCUGGAUAUUGUGUAUUAACAUAUUUCUUAGGAAUUGGAGAUAGACAUCUAGAAAAUUUAUUAAUUAAUAAUGAAGGCAAGAUGUUUCAUAUAGAUUUUGGAUUCAUUUUAGGUAAAGAUCCAAAACCAUAUCCACCUCCAUUUAAAUUAUGUCCAGAAAUGGUAGAAGCUAUGGGAGGAUAAAAAUCAGAGUUAUACACAUUAUUUAAAUCAAAAUGUGUUGAGGUUUAUGUUUAUUUAAGAAGAUAUGCUAAAUUAAUUAUAAAUCUAUUUUUAUUGAUGGCUGAUGCUGGUAUUAAAGACUACAGUUAAGAAGCAAUAGAAUAGAUGUAUGAAAAAUUUAGAUUGGAUGACAGUGAUGAAAAUGCUGAAAUUCACUUUUUAGGAUUAUUGGAGGAGUCAAUUAACUCUUUAUUUGCUAAAAUGACUGAUAAGUUACAUUUCUGGGCUAGUUAUAUGAGAAAAUGA